AUGGUUCAAUUCACUGGUCUCACGGCGGUGCUGGCGCUUGCCUCCGCUGCCUAUGCUCAAUGCGGUUCCGGCACACCCGACGCACGAGUCACUGGAUCCGGUAGCUCUUACACAGCAACCAAGGGCUCGACAAACCUCUACACUGGCUCCGACUACCGCCUAGCCAUCCAACGUGCGCUCGAUGGAAUCAGCAGUGGACAGCGUGUUUCCGUCAUCGCGUCCGGUAACAUUGGCGCGAGUACCCUUACCAUCACGAGCGGAAAGACGUUCGAAGGCUGCGGGACUAUCACAGUUUCUCCCAAAAGCGGAGGAGGAAACAUUGAAGUGACCGAUCAGUCUGGCGUCAAGAUCCCUUAUUUGACCAUGGCCGGGUCCACCUACUUUGGUAUGCGCUUCUCUGGCACCAAAGACCUAACCCUAGGCACCAUCAACUUCAAUCUCAAGGAAGGGAUGGGAAUUCGAUUCGACCGUGACCGAGCUGCCAACACAAACGUCAAGAUGGGCACCAUCACCUGCACCGGCGGCACGUCGCACUGCGUCGAGACAUGGAACAUCGACAAGCUUGAAGUCGGCUCCGUAAUCGGCAAGAAUGUCGGAGAGUGUGGCCUACUCAUUCAAAAGGUUACAAACGCAAACAUCGGCACCGUAGACUGCGACAACUGCGGCGCAGGCACCGGAUACGCCGCCUUACGUUUUGCUAAUGAAGCUGGAAAGCUCAACGGCGGAUACGCAACUAACAUCAAAGUCAACCGCGUCAAGGCUCGUGGUGGUGGUCGCGGAAUCUUCUGCGUCUCUGCUUCUGGUGGUGUGGAGAUUGGCACCAUCGAUGUCGCCAACACUGGCAACAACGCCAUCUUGCUCGAGAACUGCUACAAUGUCAACAUCAAGGCUGGUACUGUUAGCGGCGGUGGUGAAGUUCGUCUUGCCGCCAGGACCGAAUUUGCAAACAGCAGGGACAUCGCGAUCGCGAUCAAGGUUGAUGGAACUACUGUGAGAGAGAGCCGUAAGUAUUCCCAUACGAACUGCAAGUGA